AAAUGAAGUCUACCAACUCUACUUUACAUGUGUGAGGUAUCCACUAGUCAAAAGUCAAAACCUUUUCUAAACUCCAACCGGAUGGAGAAAGCAGAGGAUUCACCGCCGACGAACGAGUACUCGCCGGCAAAUACGAUCGUAGUUUUCGAAAAGCCGGUCCCGCUGCUCCGCGGACCGAUCAGAACCAACCCUAAUUCCGGCGAAUUCGCCCUCGCGUUCCCGGACCCACAUUCAUGGGCAUCGGCUUACAAGUCCUGCGAGCACCAAAUCACCCAGCAAUGCGAAGCCGGGGUGCGAAUCGGCUGCUCCGUCUCCGCCUCCAUGAAAUGUCAGCCUCCCUGGUGGAGAUUCGCAUUCGGCGGCGGAGCUUCCAAACAGGAAUUCUCGGAGAGGCAAAAAUGCGAAGAGAGAGAAAUGGAGGCUUGCCUCAGAGAGGCGAAGGACAGAUGCUGUGGAUACGCGAAGCAGAAGUGUUCGGGAGCUUUUCUCGAUGCGAAGAUCGCCGUCACAGGUUCGAAAAACCCUAAUAUAAACUGGAAAGAAGCUUCGAAGUUAAUUUCUUGUGUAAACCUGGCGGAUAAGAAAUUGGGGGCUGAUUUACUGAGGUUUCAGAAGCCAUGGGCAGAGUUCAAGACUCAAUUUGAAGUGACUUGUUGCAGAGUUCUGUUGAUAAGCAUGGCAAAAGAAUAGCUAUAGAAUGUGUGUGGGUUGAUGUUACCAAGAGAGAUACAGGUAUGGCUAUGCUUUACAUACAGGCCAGGUUCAGAUAAAGGGACAGAGAAGAAGAAGAGUAUAUGGACUUAACAUAAAAUAGUCAAUGUUUA